GCUUGCAGUCAGGGUGCACGUUUACUUGAAACAGACUGCAUUUCCUGCUUCGUGGCUGGUCAGGUUGACUCUUUAAGACUAGUGAAUAUUUCUUUUUUAAUGUCUGUAAUGCCUUUUCAAAUUUAUUUUUUAUUAUUUUUUUUUUUUGAGAUUGAGUAGGGAAGAGAUCUGUUGAAAUUCUGGCUGGGUAAGUGGGGGAUUAUCAGAAAUGAGAAAAGGGGAAGGAAACAGACUUGGAAGCCGGAGAGCAAAGCAGCAGCCCCAGGCCCGGGUACCCUCCGCCGCCGCUACCCCUGGCCGGCGACCUCCCGCGGAGACCCCAGGCGGCCGCAUCAAUAUUUGAUCGGCCCUUCGCUCGCGGGUUGCCGGCACUCGCCGGCGGGGCUCGCCAGACAUCGCCCGCGUUGCGCUGAAGCCGGCGCCCAGGCCCGCAGGGGCUUUGGAAGGACCCGUUCUUCGCUCGCCCCCUCGCCAGGGAGGCUCUGCUUGGUGGCAGGGGCGCGGCGCCCACCAUGCGGGACUGCCCGCGGCUCGCGCUGCUUUGCGCUCUGCUACCCUGGCUCUUGCGGGCGGCGGCUCCCCGGCGACCCGCGCCACCCCUCCCGGUCCGCGACCCCCGCGACCCCGCUAGGGGCGCCGAUUUCGAUCGAGUCUACAGCGGGGUGGUGAGCCUCAGCACCGAGAACAUCUACUCCUUCAACUACACCAGCCAGCCUGGCCAGGUGAAUGCUGUGCGGGUGUAUGUGAAUAGUUCCUCCGAGAACCUCGACUACCCAGUCCUCGUCGUGGUUCGUCAGCAGAAAGGGGUGCUGUCCUGGCAGGUUCCUCUGCUCUUCCAAGGACUAUACCAGAGGAGUUACAGCUACCAGGAAGUAAGCCGCACUUUGUGUCCCUCAGAAGCCACCAAUGAAACAGGACCUCUGGAGCAACUGAUAUUCGUAGACAUCGCAUCCAUGGCUCCACUGGGUGCCCAGUACAAACUGCUGGUUACCAGGAUCAAGCAUUUCCAGCUACAGACAAAUGUUGCCUUUCACUUCACUGCCAGCCCCUCUCAACCUCAGUAUUUUCUAUACAAGUUUCCUGAUGAUGUGGACUCAGUUAUUAUUAAAGUCAGGUCUGAAAUGGCUUAUCCAUGUUCUGUUGUCUCCAUCCAGAAUAUCAUGUGCCCAGUGUAUGAUCUCGACCACAAUGUGGAAUUUAACGGUGUCUAUCAGUCCAUGACCAAGAAAGCUGCCAUCACACUACAGAAGAAGGAUUUUCCAGGGGAGCAGUUCUUCGUGGUGUUUGUGAUAAAGCCCGAAGAUUAUACCUGUGGAGGAUCUUUCUUUAUCCAGGAAAAGGAGAACCAAACCUGGAAUCUACAACGAACAAAGAACCUUAAAGUGACCAUUGUUCCUUCCAUUAAAGGAUCUGUUUAUGUGAAAUCCAUCCUUCUCAGUUCCCUCAUCUUCUUCUCCUUCUACUUGGGAUGCCUGCUUAUUGCGUUUGUUCAUUAUAUCAGGUUUCAAAGAAAACCCAUCGAUAGAAGCUUCGGUUCCAGCGAUGGCUCUGGAAAUAUGGCGGUGUCACAUCCCAUUGCUGCCGGCACCCCUGAAGGAAGCAAUUACGGGGCAAUAGAGGAGUCCAGCUCCAGUCCUGGCAGGCAGAUGUCCUCCUCCGAUGGUGGGCAGACAUGCCAGUCAGACACAGACAGCUCCGUGGAGGAGAGUGACUUCGACACCAUGCCAGACAUCGAGAGUGAUAAGAACGUCAUCCGGACCAAGAUGUUCCUUUACCUGUCAGAUCUGUCCAGGAAGGACCGGAGAAUUGUCAGCAAAAAAUACAAGAUUUAUUUUUGGAACAUCAUCACCAUAGCUGUGUUUUAUGCACUGCCUGUGAUCCAGCUGGUCAUCACCUACCAGACAGUGGCGAAUGUCACUGGCAAUCAGGACAUCUGCUACUACAACUUCCUCUGUGCUCACCCUCUGGGCGUCCUGAGUGCCUUCAACAACAUUCUCAGUAACCUGGGCCACGUGCUCCUGGGCUUCCUCUUCCUGCUGAUAGUCUUGCGCCGGGACAUUCUCCAUUGCAGAGCCCUGGAAGCCAAGGACAUCUUUGCCAUGGAGUAUGGGAUUCCUAAACACUUUGGUGUUUUCUAUGCAAUGGGCAUCGCACUGAUGAUGGAAGGAGUGCUCAGUGCUUGUUACCACGUCUGCCCUAAUUACUCCAACUUCCAAUUCGACACCUCCUUCAUGUACAUGAUCGCGGGGCUCUGCAUGCUGAAGCUCUACCAGACGCGCCACCCGGACAUCAAUGCCAGCGCCUACGCGGCCUACGCCUCCUUCGCGGCUGUCAUCACGCUCACCGUCCUCGGAGUGGUGUUUGGAAAAAAUGACCUGUGGUUCUGGGUCAUCUUCUCUGCGAUCCAUAUCCUGGCGUCCCUGGCCCUCAGCACCCAGAUCUACUACAUGGGCCGUUUCAAGAUAGAUGUGUCUGAUACAGACUUGGGGAUUUUCCGACGGGUCGCGAUGGUGUUCUACACGGACUUCGUCCAGCAGUGCAGCCGGCCACUGUACAUGGACAGAAUGGUGCUGCUCGUCGUGGGGAAUCUGGUUAACUGGUCCUUCGCGCUCUUUGGACUCAUCUAUCGGCCCAGGGACUUCGCUUCCUACAUGCUGGGCAUCUUCAUCUGCAACCUGCUGCUCUACCUGGCCUUUUACAUCAUCAUGAAGCUCCGCAGCUCCGAGAAGCUCCUCCCGAUCCCGCUCUUCUGUAUCGUGGCCACUGCUGGGAUGUGGGCCGCCUCCCUGUACUUUUUCUUCCAGAAUCUCAGCAGCUGGGAGGGCACCCCAGCUGAAUCCCGGGAGAAGAACCGGGAGUGUAUCCUACUGGAUUUCUUUGACGACCAUGACAUCUGGCACUUCCUCUCUGCCACUGCCCUGUUUUUCUCAUUCUUGAGACUUUUCCAAAUUAAAAGUGCUUGGUGCCUGGACACGGAUUCUGCGGGCAAGUAACAUCGCGGCGGGACCUGCGCUCCCAGCCCUGCCCGGGGUGCGCGCGCUGCCCCGCACAAACUCGAGAGUGGAGCGGGGCUGUCCCCUCGUGGCCAGCUGGGGAAGUUCAACAAUCCGCCUGAACCUCGCUCCUCGUGACUUUUGUUUCUGAUAAACAUUUUCAUUAGAGAGACAAAGACAACAAAAGUGGAAUGAAAGUUCCCACGUGAAGAGAGUGGUGGUAGAGGGAACUAAAAAUGAAGGAGGCGUGUGCAUUUCUUGUGUAGCAACAGUCUAUGCAAAAAGACUUCCUUUCCUCUAGAUCGUCAGCCCAAUGUCCCCUUCUAAGUGAUGACUUCUCUGGCCACCGUAUCAGCGCUUUUUUACCUUUCCCCACCGCAUACUUCCUGCGUUUCCUCCAUAGUUCAAUUUUCGUUACUGUUUUUAUUACAUAUUAUUACCUAGUACACUGUACUUAGCACAUCUCACUAGCGUGCUAUCCUGUACUCACGGGUCGGCUUCAUGUCUGAAGCUGUCUCUCAAAUGUAAGGUCCAGAAGGGUAGGGAGUUUUGUCUCUUGUGUUUCAAACUAUAUGUCUGGCAUUUAGAAUAGCACAUCAUAGACCCUUGAUAAACACUUGAAUGAAUUAAUAAAUGCACCAUGUAAUCCUAGUAAUUGCUGGUAGAGAGCGAUGCAUUGCAGAGAGCCGUAGGGGACAGAAAGGCAAGGAAGGGCGCUGUCUCCUCAGCCUGCGUGAGCCUCGGAGACAAAGUAGGGGUUUACCAUGGCUAUGACUGUGCAUCCCCUUCACCUCUCUGCCUCUCUCGCUCCAGGUUUUGUUAACCCUGGAUGAUGACCUGGAUGUGGUCCGGAGAGACCAGAUCCCUGUCUUCUGAGCCUCCAGCUUUAAGAGAGGGGGAGGGAGCAGUUGAUCUUGGUGCUGUUUCAUGAAAAUACAGGGACUGCAGCAAAGUCACCACUGCCAAAUGCUCCACUCCCCCUCUGUCAAGUCAACUCUGCGUGCGUUCCCACAGGAAGGAGAGGGGCUGGAGGGACACUCAAGCCUGCAAGAAGGGAGGCAGAGGGGAAGCCACGGUACGGCCAGUGGCAACCCUGAAGAGUCGGGAGACUCCCAUCCCCUGCAGUUUGCAGCCUUGAGCUAGAUGUGGACAAAAGCUGCAUCAAAGUCAAAUCACUGUCUCGGGACCCCUCCCACCCUCCCCCGAGAUUUGCCAGCAAGGGCAGAGCGACGCUGCACUUUUUGUCCAGCUGCUCCAGGCCCAGAGAGGCCAGCAGCUCGGGUCUCCUGCCCAGACACCUUAGGUGGGUCCCCUCUGCACCUCCACAACCUGCUGCUCCAGACACCCCAGGGCACCUGCUCGGUCCCCCGAGGCCCAGGGAUCUGAACCCAACCCCCCUACCCAACUGGGAUAGAUAUUUUAGUAGGACCAGCUAGUCACCUCCUUGGAAGGGAUGCUGUAGAGUCCCCCAGGUUCCUGACCCCAUUAGAAGGUCUCUGGGUUGGGCUUUGUCACACACUUAUCCUCACAGGUCACUGUCUCUGGGACCAAGGCCUGGGUGCUUACCUACUUCUUAGUGUCUUCAUCUCACCGCUGAGUGUUGACCCCACAACUCAGGCUCCUUUUUCUUGGUAAGGCCCUGUUACCCCACCAGCUGCAAGGCAGAAGGGGAAACAGGAAAACUCUUCUAGCAGCAGAAGUGAGAGCAACAACUGACAGGGCUGAGAGACUGGUGGCAUCAGCAUCAAGCAAACAGACCUCACUCUAAGGAUGUGGGCUCCUGGGGCAAAUGCAGCAAAGGCGAAAUUGCUUCCUCGUGCCUCCAAUUCAGACGGCUCAAUUCUGUGCCCAUAUCACCUGUGGGGAAUAAAGAAUUGCUCUAACCAGGGGCACAGCACUGGGGGUCCUCCACCACCGACCAAGCCCCCUACCUUCCCUUUAUACAGAUCAGGGGCUCCAGAUUUUCUCCCUGAAGUUCUCCAGAAGUAACUCUCGGGGUGAACACAUUUUUCUCAUCUUCCUGAGCUGUGAAGAGCAAGCCAACUGAGGAUUGUCUUUUGGUUGCACCUGAUUCUCAUUCUUUCCCCAGUAAGGUGUUGCAAAGCUCAGCGUCCCACUUCUCUCACACCGUCUGGCAAUUCUUUUUUUUUUUUUAAUUUUAUUUUAUUAUAUUAUGUUAAUCACCAUACAGUACAUCCCCAGAUUCCAAUGUAAAGUUUGCUCCUGACGAGCCCCAUGUGGACCAAGCACCCUCAUUACCUGGAGUGAGAGGCAAUCAGAAAAUAGACAUACAAAUGUGUACCCCAUAUAUAUUUGCCUGUGAAACUGAAGUCACCUGUCACCUCUGCUUUCCCGAUCAUUCGAGAAAUGGAUAAUAUUUUUUAAAAUAUUAUUCUGUCUCUAAAAUAUUUGCAUAAUGUUCAAAAUCACAUUUUGGAAGUUUGAAAGGUUUAAAAAUGCAAUGAUGCUUUUAAUGACACUUUUUGUGAUUUGUUUUUCUAAAAUGCCCCCAAAUUCAUAUUUGGUUUCCUGCUAUUCUUUAUUCCUUAAAACCUGUUGGCUUCCAUGGACCCCAUGAAGGCUACCUAUUAAAUGGUGGUGUUAGUCUAACAUCUUAAACAAAUGUCAAAUCUGUUUAACUAUAGCAUAUUUGAUCUAAUUGUUUUAUUUGAAUGCACUGAUGGUUUCAAAUUAAAAAAAAAAAAAGAUGCACUAAGGCAAUGUGGAUAAAGUCUGUUCGAGUGGCCCUGUGGUCCAAAGUGAAUAAAUUGUGAGAUGCA